UCAGAAACUUCAAGAUGAAUCAACUGUUUACCAACUUUCUGCCGAUCAAUGAUCUAGAUCUGAAGGUGGGACAGUACAGUGUAUUACAAUGUGGAAAACUGUGUACAGAUGAGAAGAGUUGUCAAACCUUCUUAUACAAACCCCAGGACGAAAAAUGUUUUCUCUACAAAUAUCCAUUGUUAGAGUAUACACCCGUAUUGUCGGAAGCAGGGGUAGUGGCGUACGAAAUGGAAGGAUGUCCUCUGUCUGGUUUAACUUUAAAUAGAGAAGCUGGGUUAUGUUUAAAAAUAUUAUUCACAACAAACAGAACGUCAUUCUACGCCAGCUCAGUGUGUGCUCAGCUUGGCGGAGAACUAAUAUCUCUAGAGACAGACCAAAAGAUGACGUUCCUAAAGACCUAUAUUCUCCAAUAUUAUGGAGAGAAAAAGGGAGUUCUUGUGGGUCUCAACAGUACUGGUGGUUGGGAUUGGGCCAGUGGUGCACCAUGGGUACCCAGUUCCUUAAUCACAAAUAAAAUAAACAAUUUUGACUCUGGAAUGAAUCCAUGUGGUAGCGAUUUCUGUGGGGUGUUUAGUUUGUCAUCUUCCUCAGCUAUGGAGAUUUUUGACAGCUGUUGUCUCAAUAUCCCACUACUGUUUGUCUGUUCUACAUCGGUUCUGUGACCCAAUGUCUUAACUCAAAAUUUU